ACGUAACUUUCGACAUCAUGCUAUCGGACCAGCUGGCCCAGGACCAGUUCUGCAAUCAGGGCCUAGUUUCGUCCUGCGAGGCCUUCCGCCACUACAGGUCCUCCAACGGUAUAUGUAAUAACUUGGACAACCCUCUGUGGGGAUCCACUUUCAGGCCCUUCCGCCGUGUUGCUCCGCCCGACUAUAGCGACGGAGUGUCGAGCCUCCGCCUUGGCCAGGACGGGCAGCCCCUUCCCAGCGCCCGCCUCGUCAGCAGUGCAAUUAACAACAUUCGGCCAAACAGGGAAUCUUCAUUCCUCUCCGUUCUCCACAUGACCUACGGACAGUUCUUUGACCACGACCUAACCUUCGCACCUUUGAAUAAAGGUCCAGUAUAUGAUAGUAACAAAAAUCAAACGUUAAACUCUUUUAGGAGUCGGCUUUCAGAGUUUUCCAAAAGGACUGAAAUCAUUUCAAAAGAUGUCUCAGGAAUAAUAGUAGACAUUUUGUGAGCAAAAAUGUAAGUCAUGGACUAUCGACCAGCAAACUUACAAAAGUAUCCUAUGUCCUCGGUGCAUGAAUAUAUUUGACUUAUUCACUUUCCAGGUAUGUAUGGUGAGGCGAUUCCAUGCUGCCUUCAGGCCGAGGACAAUCCGACUUUACUCCAUCCUGAGUGCGCUCCCAUUCCCAUCCCUGCUGACGACCCUUUCUACUCCAAGUUCGACCAGACGUGCAUGGAUUUCGUCCGCUCGGCACCUGCCCCACGUUGCUUGCUGGAUGACCCAAGAAGCAAGUUCUGCUCACUGUUCCACACUGUGUGGGUUCGUCACCACAACCAUCUAGCGUCUCGCCUGAAGAGUAUCAACCCAUCCUGGGAUGACGAAAAGCUGUUCCAGGAGACCCGCCGAAUCGUUGGCGCUCAGCUCCAACAUGUCACCUACGAGUACCUGCCGCCCAUCUUCGGUAAAAAAAUCAUAAAAGACUUUAAGCUGAAACCCUUGAAGAACAAGAAACGAAAGGUCUUUUAUCGCCCUGACAAGAGCGCUGCUAUUAGUGCUGAAUUUGCAACAGCAGCCGUCCGUUUUGGAUACAGUGAGAUUGCUGGUCACAUGGAGAGAGUGGAUGACUUCGGCGACAUUUCCUCCACCGAGAUGUCUUCGGUGGCCGGCAAUCACUUCAAAGGGAAGAACUUGUUUGGACUCGAUCUGGUGGAGCUCAACAUACAGCGUGGGUGUGACCAUGAUAUUGCCUCCUAUACGGCGGUCAGAAACUCAUGCGAACUGUCUCCUCUUCAUGACUUUGGUUAUCUCUCGGGAAAAAUGGAUGAUGAUGUGAUUGCAAAGCUUGAGGAUGUAUACCGUCAUGUGCAUGACAUCGACCUGUUCGUCGGUGGUUUGGCUGAGCACCCGAUAGAAGGAGGGGUAGUAGGUCCCACCUUCGCUUGUAUUCUGCUGGACCAGUUCCUUAGGCUAAAAGAAGGCGAUAGAUACUGUUACGAGCCCAAUGACAAGGACACAAGGUUUACAAAAGAACAAGUCAAACAAAUUCGCAGCACAACCUUGACAGGCAUCAUGUGCGAAGUGAUCCCAGAACUGAAGGAGAUUCAGGCUGAACCUUUAAAAGUGGCAUCCUCCGAGAAAUAA